GUGUGAAACAUACUUUUAUAUUACAGCAACAACAAUCAGUAAAACGUGUUGGUGGCUGUUCUUAUCUGUACGUUAAUCUAAAAAGUCGGAAAUAUGCAUCAGGAUUCACCUGAUGCCAAAAAGCCCUGCAAAGGCAUAUUAAAAACAUCACGUAGUUUUGAUAAACCAAAUGCCAGUUAUCGCAAAAGUGCCAAGUUCGAUGAAAUAAACGUGCUUCAAACAUAUCAUCCAGUCGAUAAGGACUAUGGACAUAUGAAAAUAGAUGAACCAAAAACUCCGUUCAAUUAUGUUGAUCCGGAAGAAGGUUUAAAUGAACAACUUGAUGCUGAUUUGUUAGCAGAAAAAUUACGUGCAGCCGCUAAUACUCAAACUCCUUCCUUUGGUCAAGAUGAUCUCUCAGAUGAAGAAUUUCCGGAAACUGAAAGUGAAAGAGUGCGUCGCUUAGAAUUUGAACGCCGUCGUAAGGCUCAUUACAAUGAGUUUGAAGCAGUUAGGCUUGCUAGAAAAUUAAUACAGGAAGAAUUGGGUGAUGAAGACGAAGAUGAAGACGAUGGAGAUGUUGAAUCGCAAUCAGUAUCUACAAUAUCAAAAACUAAAUCUGAACCUGUAGGCAGUGAAAGUACUCGCAAUACUCGUCAAGUUUCUUCCUCUGAAGUUUGUUCUAUAACAGAUGAUUGCGCCGACAAUGCGAAUACAUGCUCCUGCAAACCCAAAGCAACUGGUAAACCAAUGGAGAUUGAUCAACCGGAGUAGUAAUCCCAGAGCCAAAAUAGUCAUGAAAAAUACUAUUUUCAACAUAGAGAAACAAAAGAAUAGGAAAAUGACGUGAUUUUUUAAAUUUAUAUAUCGAAAAGUUUUUUAAAAAAGAGUUAUCCGCAAUUUAAUGAAAUAAUUAAAAGAAAGAAAAAAAUGAACAAAAUAUAUUUUAUGUAUUUAAAUACAGCUGAAUAUGGUGUUGUAACACUUA